AUGUUCCGUUACAAGUUAACAGCGAUGCUUCUGUCACUGUUGGCCAGACUGGGUCUCGCCGACCCUCAGUACUCCAUUCUGGAUGAAAGCAGCAACCAGUGGCUGCCGAAUGACAGCCUCCUUACUGGUCUCAAUACAUUGUACAAUAGUCUAUCUAAAGGAUUGGAAGAAAACAACGACAACAAGAAGAGACGAUCAGCGUCGGGAAUAGUAGCUGCCAUUAUUGAAUACCUCUCCUCUGACCUAGCAGAUGAACAGGCUAAGCUAAAUUCAACACUAAACGCGUUGACUAGAAAGGUCAAUUCAAAUACAAAAGUGGAUCUGUAUACCAGCAAACCGAAAGUUAAUGUUGAAAAAUCCGUCAUGACUCUAUACCAUAGUCAAACUGGAAACGCCAAACAAAUGGUGGAUGAAGAAAAUCACGACAAAACCAAAACAAGUGCAAGAUCAAACUUUGACUAUAAAAAGGUUAUAACACUGGAGACAAACAUCGAGUACAAGUUUACUUCAGCUUUAAGCGAUUGUUUCUUC